UCUUACCGAAUAAUGAAUGAUAAAAUAAAGAGGAAAGCAAAAGAGGACUCAAUUGAUAAUCCAGUUCCUCAACUAUCGCUUGAUCAUCAUCUUCUCUUUGGUUGGAAUAGAUUCAGUUAGUACCCAAGUUCCGAACCAAAAGAGGAAAGCAAGAACCUUACUUCAACAGGCUUUCAAGACCAGGAGGAGUCCACAAAGGAAGCUCAGUUUCCCAUCGUUGAGGACUCGUCAUCCCCAGUAUCCAUGGCAGACAACAUAGUAGCUUCUUGUUUUGCCGGAGCCGUGACGCAAGCUGGUGCAGACAUAACUAAUUAUGCUACAACCAAAGUCAGUUUAUCACAAAGUAUGGAGAAAAACUUUGAGAAGUUGAAGAACCAAGUGGCGAAGCUCCAGGCUUUGAGGUACGAUUACGAAAGGGAAGUCAAGAAACAUCAAAUGAAGAAGACAACUACAAGCAGUUACAAUGUGUGGCUUCGCAGUGUCAACAAGACACUUGAAAAUGCACAGGGAUUGGAAGAUCGAUACGAGGAAGACUGCAAGCUUUCAUCCCGAUACAUUCAUGUCAAGCGACGGUCGAAUUAUAGUGGGAAACUGGAGAAAAUGUGUGAAGAAAUUCAGAAACUUGUGGAAGAUGGGAAGUUUCUUGGAGGUAUUUUGGUCGAUAAACCUAUUGAGCCUGUGUUAAAGGUGAAUGCACCUGAGAUCAAAGCGUUUCCUAGUCUGCAGGGGCCAUUGGAGCAAGUAUUGGAGAUGUUGAGAAACGACAAAUUGAAAGGUAUUGGUAUUUGGGGCACGCUGGGAGUAGGGAAAACAACAAUAAUGAAGAACUUGAAUAACCAUGAACAAGUAGCUAAAAUGUUUGAUAUCGUCAUUUGGGCGAAUGUCUGUAGUGAAAGGAGUGAGGAGAAACUGCAGGAGGAUAUUUCAUGGCGGCUCAAGUUAAAAACAGAAGACAUUUUGUAUCCCGAGGAUGUUUCGAGAACAAUAUCUGAAGAGUUGAAGGGCAAAAAGUAUUUGCUGCUUCUGGAUGAGGUGAUGGACUCAAUUGAGUUGGAAGAUAUUGGAAUCCCAGACAACAAAAAUGGCAGCAAGGUCGUGUUCACAACAGAGUUCCGUCAUGUAUGUUCUUCGAUGGCGGAUAGAAUGGUUGAGGUCCGGCCGCUGUCACCAAACGAGGCAUGGAUGAUGUUUAAGCAGAUGCUGACUGAAGUUAUAGAUCUUCCUGAUAUAGAACCGGUUGCUCGGCAGGUAGCUAAAGAGUGUGCUCGACUCCCACUUCUGAUCAAGACAAUUGCAGGUGCCUUCAAGUCAAAAGAUAGUGUCCCGGAAUGGAGGAAAGGGUUGAAAGACCUACAAAAAUGGCCCGAGAUUGAGAUCCCCGGCUUAACCGAACUGCAUUCGUUCUUGAAGUUCUGUUAUGAUCAACUAAAGGAUGAUCAGAAAAGAAAAUGCUUCUUGUAUGGUGCAUUGUAUCCAGCAGAGAGUAAGAUCUAUACCGACUAUUUACUCGAGUGCUGGGCUGCUGAAGGGCUUGUUGGAGGCACCAAACAGCGGAGAUUCCAGGAUGCACGCGAUGAAGGGUACGACACAUUGAAGCAUCUGACUAAUGUGUCAUUGCUAGAGAAAGGUGAAAGGAUGAUUUACGUGUCGAUGAACAACAGCAUCCGACAGGUUGCACUGUACAUCUCGUCACAGGAUCCGGAUUGUAAAUUUUUCACUGGAAUGAGUGAAAAUUCACCAGAUUGCUUAGAAGAAAAUGAUUGGCAACAAUCGAAGAGGAUCGCCAUGAUCGAUAAGAAGAUGCAAGACUUGCCGAAUAGCCCGAACUGUAGCAUGCUUCUGUCACUAUUACUGCAGAGAAAUUAUACUCUGACUGAAAUCCCCCAGUCUUUCUUUGAGAAUAUGAAGACAUUGUUGGUGUUGGAUCUAUAUGAAACUGGGAUUGAAUCACUGCCAUCAUCUUUAGCAAACUUGAAAUGUCUCAAAGGGCUUUACUUAAACAAUUGCAUCCAUUUAACAGUGUUGCCACCUGAAGUCGGAGAACUUCAUCGCCUCGAGGUGCUCGAUAUUAGAGGCUGCAGGAUAUGCUUCAUUCCAUUUCAUAUCCAAAAACUUCUGAACUUAAGGUGCUUGAGAGUGUCGUACUAUAAAUCUAGCAAUCUCAAUGGCUUUCAGAAUAUGGACAUCGACGUGAUCCCAUUGCUUGCCAAGCUUGAAGAAUUGACGAUCGAUGUGCAUUCUUACGAUCAAUGGUGCAAGGAGGUUGUGGAUAUAAUGAGGCAGGUGGCUACCUUGAAGAAUCUCACUACUCUCAGAAUCUGUUUCCCUAAAUCAGAGGUUCUCAAGACAUUUAUGCAGCACAGUCUGUCGUGGAAGGACCGGGAACAAUUAACUUCCUUCCGGUUCUUUGUCGGAUUCCAAAACUGGAAAAGUCCUCGAAUUCUCAAGUAUUUUAAGUACAAGAUCGACCGAUAUUUGGGAUAUUGCCAAGGCAGCCGCAAUGAUAACUCCAUAAUUUGUGAUCUGCUUCCUGAAACUGAUGCAUUGGAACUGAUUGAACACAAAGAUAUCACAAGUCUGGUGGAUUUUGUGAAUAUUGCUAGCCUUAACCGGAUUCGUGGUUGUCUGAUCGAAAGGUGUAACAAAAUGACAACCAUUGCAGACGGCAACAAGGUCGAAGGCGGAGUCAUCCUUCCGAAACUAGAGCAAUUGCAUUUGUCGAAUUUGCAGAGUCUGCAAACCGUUUUCUGGGGCACCCUUUGGACCGAAAGCCUCUCCAAAUUGCACACGCUGGUGGUCUCGAGUUGCCCCAUGUUGAGAAAACUUUUCUCCAGUGGGGUGAUCCAACAACUUUCAAAGCUCCAGAAGCUAGCAAUGCAGAACUGCAUUGAGAUAGAAGAGCUAAUCGCCGGACAAGAUUCGACUGCGUUUCCAAAUCUAGAGACAGUAAUACUUAUCGAGAUGCCGAAACUAAGGUGUCUAUCGGCCGAUAAAUCAUCGGCUUGGCCUUCAUUGAAAGAGCUUCAAGUUUACAAGUGCCCUCAACUGAAAUCACUACCUUUUGACAAAGGCAAUGCAGCAAAUCUGAAAUCCAUUGAAGGAGAAAAGAUAUGGUGGGAAGCAUUGCAGUGGCCACAAAAUGAUGUCAAAGAACAGCUUCAAUCAAUCUGCAAUCUAAGGUAAAUGUCAGGGGUUCAUCAUUGAAAGAACCACUUUCGAUUAUCGGACGGUGAUCAACCGAUGAUAUUGGUGAUGCAAAUAAGAAGAAAAAGUUUCUGGGAGUACAUGUUCAAGAGUAGGAGAAGUCGUCCUCUUCUCACGUCUGUAAUUGGGAUUUAUAUAUCAAUCCUUACUGUAUGAUUGUGUCAGUUUUAGAAUUACGAUUUGCAAUAUAUAAGCUGAUAAGGUGAAUGAAUGUAGCCGCCAAUUAAUAUA